AAAAAACACUAAAGUGACACACGAUGAUCUUUACUAGACUUUAAUACGGAAGACAGACUCGGCUCGCGGUUGAGAACAUGGCUAAAGCAGAUAUCGCGAUGGAGAUUCAGAGGCAUGAGGACCCAGCAGGAGGAAGACGAGAUGAUGAAGGGCCGCUCGUCAAGUAUUACCGCGCCAGUGAACUUCUGCCAGGCACAGUGCCAGUCCUGCACGGGCUCCUGAGGAAGGGCCCCUCCGCCUGCGCGGCCGUGCAAAUAUCCAGUGGGAUCCUGAGUUUGGGAAUAGGGGUGGUGUUUGCAGCAUCAUUCGUUAUCAAUAAUAAUCUACUGACCUUAUUCCGAGUGCCAAUCAUUACUGGAAUAAUGUUUGUCGUGGCUGGGAUCUUGUCUAAUCUUCUGUACAAAAGCCCCGGGCUUCUACAGACUUGCUUCAUCGCCAACAUCUCGUGUCUGGUGGUGUCUGGGGUCGGAGUGAUUCUUCUAGCUGUUGACCUUCAUCCAAGUCAAGAUCAAAUCCACUACAAGAUGGAGGUGCUGGUGCUGUGUGUGACUCUGAUGGACAUGCUCAUCGCUGCAGUGCUAAUAUACUGGUUUUACAGAGAGAAACGGGACCAUAAGAAGUAACACCUCAUUCAAACAUCUGUGUUUGCAGUCUUCAGCUCUGUGCCGUUUGAGCUCAUCUUUUCUCGGAAGGUUUAGCAACAAUAAUAGAAUUAAAGAACUAAAAAAAGAAGAAGCGGUAGCAACUAAACUCUCCUUAUUCGUGAUGCAAUUCCUGAAAUACAGUCGUGGGAAGUCUCUGACCGAAGAGAAGGAGUGGUAAAGCCGCAACAGUGACGAACACAUGUGG